AUGGCUUCCGUUUCUCACACUACUAAAGAACAGGAUAAGGAAUUUUCCAAGUCCCUCCACAAUAAGUCUGUCGAAACCACCGGUUUCGGUGCCUGGCUCCAAAAGGACAGAACCGCCCAAGAAGUUGCUCUUGAAGGGUACUUCAGACACUGGGAUGGUAAGACCGAUGAAGCAGCUGAAGAAAGAAGAUUGGCCGAUUACAAGACCGGGACCAACAACUACUACAACCUUGUGACCGAUUUUUACGAAUACGGUUGGGGUACUUCUUUCCACUUCUCCACCUAUUAUAAAGGUGAGGCAUUCAAACAAGCCACUGCCAGACACGAACAUUACCUUGCCUCCAAGAUUGGUAUCACCGAAGACAUGACGGUUCUUGACGUUGGGUGUGGUGUCGGUGGUCCAUCUAGAGAAAUCCAAAGAUUUACCGGUUGCAGAGUCAUUGGGUUGAACAACAAUGAUUACCAAAUUGAAAGAGCCAACAGAUACGCCAGAGAAAACCAUUUGGACGACAGAUUGAGUUACGUCAAAGGUGAUUUCAUGCACAUGGACUUCCCAGAAAACUCUUUUGAUGCUGUUUACGCCAUUGAAGCCACCGUCCACGCUCCAAAGUUGGAAGGGGUGUACGGGGAAAUUUACAAGGUUCUUAAGCCAGGUGGAACUUUCGGUGUUUACGAAUGGGUCAUGACCGACGCUUACGACGAAACCAACCCAGAACACCGUAAGAUUGCUUAUGGUAUUGAAAUCGGUGACGGUAUUCCAAAGAUGUACAAGCGUGAAGUUGCUGAACAAGCGUUGAAGAACGUUGGGUUCGAUAUCUUGUACGAAAGAGAUUUGGCCGAUCCAAAGGCUUCAAUUCCAUGGUUCUACCCAUUGACUGGGGAAUGGAAAUACAUGCAAUCUCUCAGUGAUAUUAUGACUUUCUGCAGAACUUCAUACUUUGGUAGAAAGGUCACCACUUUCUCCUUGGGUUUGUUGGAAACUUUGCGUAUUGUUCCAAGAGACUCUACUAAGGUCACUGCUGCUUUGGAAGACGCUGCUGUCAACUUGGUUGCCGGUGGUAAAGAAGGUCUCUUCACCCCAAUGAUGCUUUAUAUCGUCAAGAAGCCAGAGGCUAGCGACUAA